CUGAUCACAUACAUGUCUCGAAAUUCUACAAAGAAGCCAAAAAUGGCAAAUUCAUCAGCUACAUUACCGAGAAUGUGCGCACCCUGUAUCAGACAUUUCGCGAAGGUGCCUACUCCUCCAACAAUGGACCGUGCUUGGGUUGGCGCGAGACUCUCACAUCACCAUAUCAGUGGAUCAAUUACGAUGAGGCGUUGUUACGCGCCAAAAAUUUCGGCGCUGGCAUGAUUGCCUUGGGUGCGCGUCCCAAGCAGCUGGUUGGCAUUUAUUCACAGAACCGGCCAGAGUGGAUUCUCUACGAACAGGGUUGUUACUGCUUCUCGUUGGUCGUUGUGCCGCUGUACGAUACGCUCGGACCCGAAGCGUGCGCGUUCAUUAUGCGUCAAACGGAAAUGUCGCUAGUUGUUGUUGAGGACGAUGCUAAGGCUUUGCUGAUUUUGGAUAAGGCGCCGCCCACUCUGAAGAUUGUAGUGGCUAUCAAGCCAAUACGUCAACAAACAUUGGAUCGCGCCAGAAGUCGUGGUAUACAGAUCUUCUCGUUCAUCGAUGUAGAGAAAUUGGGAGCCAAGGGCAACCAUCCAGAGGUGCCACCGGUCUCCGAGGACUUGUGCACCGUUUGCUACACAUCCGGCACAACAGGCAAUCCGAAAGGUGUAAUGCUGACGCAUGGCAAUGUGGUGGCCGGCGUGUGUGCGGUGAUCUUGCAAAUGGGUGAACACCGAAUUCGCGCCGGCGAUGUAAUGAUAUCGUUUCUGCCGUUGGCUCACAUGUUCGAGCGCUGCUGUGAGAAUGGCAUCUACUAUGUAGGUGGUUGUGUUGGCUUCUACUCGGGCGACAUCAAAGAGUUGACCAAUGACCUGAAAAUGCUGAAACCGACCGUUAUGCCGGCUGUGCCGCGUCUGCUCAAUCGAGUUUAUGACAAAAUCCAGAAUGAGAUUUCCUCCUCGGCGAUUAAGCGUACGCUGUUCAACAUGGCGCUCAAGGCCAAGGAAAAUGAGUUGUCGCGUGGAAUUAUGCGACGAAAUGGUUGCUGGGACAAGCUGGUUUUCAAAAAGGUACACCAAGCUUUUGGUGGAAAUCUGCGCUUAAUGGUAGUCGGAUCGGCGCCGCUAGCCGGUAACGUAUUGACAUUCAUGCGUUGUGCAUUAGGUUGCCUGGUGUUGGAGGGUUACGGUCAAACAGAGUGCACCGGCGCUAUCACGCUGACCGUACAAGGCGACUAUGUGCCGAAUCACGUGGGUCCUCCGGUGUCCUGCAACGCAGUCAAACUUGUGGAUGUGCCGGAGAUGGAAUAUUUUGCCAGCCAAAAUACUGGAGAAGUGUGCGUACGCGGUUCUAAUGUGUUCCAUGGUUACUAUAAAGAUCCCGAGAAAACUGCUGAGGCCGUCGACUCUGAAGGCUGGCAUCACACAGGCGACGUCGGCAUGUGGCUACAGAAUGGCACGCUACGCAUAAUCGAUCGCCGCAAGCAUAUUUUCAAGCUCAGCCAGGGUGAAUAUAUCGUACCAGAGAAAAUUGAGAACAUUUACACGCUGAGCCAAUAUGUAAAUCAGGUGUAUGUCUAUGGCGAAAGUCUCAAGAGCUGCGUCAUAGCUGUUGUCGUGCCUGAUGUGGAUGUGCUCAAGCAGUGGGCCAAUGAGAAUCGUGUUAGGGGCACACUAUCUGUGCUGUGUAAUAACCCACAAGUGAAGGAGCUCAUCAUGGGCGAUAUGUUGAAUUGGGGAAAACAGAGCGGACUUAAAUCCUUCGAACAGGUAAAGGAUAUCUACUUACAUCCCGAUCCAUUUUCCGUGCAAAAUGGGCUAUUGACACCCACAUUCAAAGCAAAGCGACCGCAAUUGAAGAGCUACUUCAAGCCUCAGCUAGAUGACAUGUACAAACAUUUAGAUUAAAUUUAUGAUACAACUGUAUUCCGUUCUCUAAAUGCAUUAAGCUGAGAGGUACUUGAUGAACGAGUGCAGCGCGAGCGCGAAGUGUAUUGAAUGAUGGCAAAAAAUAUGCCAAAAGGGAGGAUGCACCAUGAAAAUGAGGAUAGUCGUAUCUACAUAAAUAUUAUUCCUGCUCAGUUAAAUUAAGAAUGGGAGAGACCCUUGAUAGCAAGAAGUUCAUAAAAGUUACAAGAAAAUUUACAUAAGUAUGUAUUUUAAAAAGCUUAAAACCUAUACAGUGUCUGAAAUAUGCGAUUUCGAGAGAGAAACACUAGUCGAUCAUAAAAUAGUUAAUUUCACCGCAGUUUAAAUAUUUAUAAAAUAUAUAUGUAUUUCAAAUGGCCAGAUUGAAAAAAAAAACAAUUUCAAUUUUUAACCACACUCGUCGUUAGGGCACUACAAUUCAUACAAAAAAUGUGUAUUGUAAAAAGGGAAGUAUGUAGUAUCAUAUAAAUGGGGGUGAGUGUAUGUACAUACAUACAUAGGUACACGGGAAAAUAAAAGUAAACCAGCAGUAUGAUUUAGAAAUUUCAUAAAACGGAAAAAUUCAAAUAUUCUGAAACUCUCAAUUUUCGACCACCUCAAAAAUUUAUGUACGGAAACUUCAAAUAUUCUGCAAAUCUCAAUUUUUCAACCAUCCCAAACAUUUGUGUACGGACGUAUAUUAUUUUAAAUUAGUAAACGAAGAAAAAAUUGUACUUGACUUUUGCGUAUUAAAUUCAGUUAUUUAAUAGAAAAAUAUAAAAGCGAAAAACAUAAAUAUGAAGCUUUAAAUUUUGAAAAUUAAUAUUUGCGAAUUAUGCAGCAGAAACAUUGGGCGAUGUGAAUAAAAAUAAGCAAUUGCUUUUUCUUGAAAUUUCAGACCUUUUACUCGAUUUAUUCAAACAAAAUUGAAGUAAAACGUAUGAAGAAAAAGCAAUUGCUUAAUUUUUAUUCAUACUACCCAUUAAGUAGGUAU